CUCUGCCAUUAUCACAGAAUCAUCCAUUUCUCAUGUUUUGACACUAAGGCGCAACAUAUUAAUCUGGAAAAUGUCCAGAUGUUUGUGACAAGUGAUAAGUGGUUUAAAAAGCAUUCCAUCAGUAAUGAAAAAAGUGAGCAAGGGUAGGUCUCUUUUUGCAUGCAGCCAAGCUGCUCAGUUUGUCUUGAUAAAAAGCAGUCAAAAGGCAAGAUUUCGAUCCCAAUAAUAUUCUGUGUCCUUCCAAGUUUGUGCUUCACAUCCUUCGAUUAUCGUUAAAUAUCUAUCACCUACAAGACAGUUAAUUGCUGUGUUGCAUGUUAAAAUAGGCUUUGGGUCAAAACGUUUGAUGUAAUAAGUUUCUGUCUAUUAGUAGCCUCCUGAUUAACUUUUUCAUCAGCACAGACAUAAUCAUAAUCAAGAAAGAAAAAUCCGUUUUCUCCUUUGAUUUUAUUUUAGGACUCUGUCUGUUUUCAUUCCCUCCUGAAGUGGAGGCAAACUUUUAUGUUAUAUAGACUGUCUGCAAGACAGAAAAGUGCGAGUUCAUUACAUGAUGGAGUAGUCUAGAUACACACAAUAACUUAUCAGUCUAUCCUGGUUUUUCAGCGCAACACUCCAUCAUCGAUCCUGAAGAGCUGAAACCGACCACUGUUAUCGGAGGUGGGCGGGACCAAAACUAUCAGCUGCAGUUUUGAUUGGCAUCCAGCCAGGGUUUUAUUGACGAAAAACACCGUUGGUGAUUCAACCACAUUUUAGUCGUAUUUGUCGUCAACAAGGUCGGAUGUUUGAAACUGAAUAUUCUAGUUUUGUCAAGCAAGACUGUUUGAAAAUGUCUUCAUAUCUUAAUCACACAUAUUCGCCCGGUAGCCUGACCACGAGCAGACCCACAAAUGAAUGUCAUGUUGGAGGCGACAUCGCACAUAUUGUUUUCUGCUCUCUCGUUAUUCUGUUUGGCGUGCCUGGUAAUUGCGUCAUCCUCCGUGUCUACUGGGCCAAGCCUAGGAAGACCACCACCCACGUCCUGAUCAUGGGACUGGCCUGGACCGACUUUGCGACCUGCCUGCUGUUGGUACACGCAAUCCUCUCCAACUGCAUAUUUGGUAUCAGCGAAUCAUUUACGCCCAUCGUCAUACUUCGAUACCUCCUGCUGUCCUCUGUGACCGUCUCGGUGCAGUUAAUUUGCCUGAUUGCUAUCGACCGUUAUGACUCCGUUUGUCGGCCCCUAAAUCGCAUUUUAAACUACCGGCGGAUUUUGGUGGCCAUUUUGCUGUCGAUUGUCUACUCCGUGGCAACAACAGGCUUGUACUUUGCCGUUCAGGUUGAAAAUGAAAACAACCUCCUGAUUCCAGUCGUUAUGCUUUCGGUUCAACUCAUUGGAUAUGCAAUUGCAGCAGUCAACAACGUUCUUUGCUAUACUGCGGUCUGUUGGACCAUUCGGAAUCACGUCAAGGUCAGGAAUGUAUCUAUGACAGAGUCCAGACCUCAGCGAUCUCGGAACGAGUCUGUACCCAUAGAGAUGACUCCAGUGACUGCGCUCUCUUGUGACGAUGGUUCUAAGCUCCCCGGUCUGCCACGCAACGCAAAUGCCAAUGGUCAAGUGCAUUAUCCUCCUGAUUUCACCCACAAAGACAGCGAGCCAGGCCCCUCCACUCGCGACUGUCAAGCAGUGGACAACGAAGCUACACUCAAGAACACAGUUAACAAGCUCUGCGCUCCGCGAGACAGCGACCCUAAAGCGCCCUCUACCGCCAAAUGUAACAAACAUUGCUCGGCUGUUGCAGUGCCUAGAGCCUCCACUGUGAUCCUGCAGAGGAAGACAACCCGGAUGUUACUGGUAACCAAUGUGGUGUUCCUACUGGCCUGGGUACCCUAUUGGAUCUACGUGGGAUCUCUGCUUGCCACCAUCCGAGGAGCUGAGAUACCUGACAAAAUAGCUUACCUGUUGGAGAAAAAACCCAAUGCACCACACCUUGUGAUUGGCUGUUUUUCCAAUCUCCCGCACCACGUCUCUGGGUGGGGCGUAAUCGUGCUUAGUAUGAUGUACGUGUACAGGAUUGCUUUCUAUCUGAAAUCCAGGUUAAACACGAACCCCUGCAAGCAUUGGAAGAGUCGAUAUCGAGAAAAGGCAGAGUUGAGUCCGUUUUACUGUGGUAGAAUAGAAAGAAGCCCAUCUUCGUCGUAUUGUUGGAGUGCCUGUACAAAACAAUAUCGAUUCCGCGACGUUCUAGAGUCAGAUGUACGAUUUUCCUCACUGAGAAGCGGAGAGAAGAUGCCUUCAAAUCUGAGUAUUUCAGACUCGGGUUGCGUGGAUUGUUGGGAGGACGCAACACAGAUUUCCCCGUGUAACAUUGGGGGUGACGUAUUUCAUAUUGUCUUCUGCUUGCUGGUCAUGUUGUUUGGUAUCCCUGGUAAUGCUCUCAUUCUCAGCGUAUACUACAGCAAGCCCCGUAAGACGACCACCCACAUCAUGAUCAUUUCGCUGGCCUGGUCGGACCUCUUCUCCUGCGUGUUUCUUGUACACCCGAUCAUCAGCAGCUGCGUGUUCGGCAUCGGAGCAACCCCUGUCCCGAUAGCUGUCCUCCGGUGUUUUCUGUUUUCCGCCGUCGGUGUGUCAGUAAGCUUGACCUCCCUGAUUGCCUUUGAUCGCUAUGAUUGUAUCUGCCGACGGAGCAAGCGACUUCUUAGCUUUCGAAGAGCGAUAGUUGCCGUUCUGGUCAUUGUUAUGUUUCAUCUAACAAUUACCAGUAUUCAAGUGGCUGUUGUGGUCUUUUCAAGGCCCGGUAGCCAUAGCAUUGGGGUAUUCACAGUGGUGUUGCAGUUGACCAGUUACCUCGUUGCAACGGUAAUGAUAGUUGUCUGCUAUGGGACGGUGUACCGAACCAUCCGGAAUCACGUCAAGGUUGGCAUCAGAGCGCCACGAAGGGAGACUGCCAAGCAAGGAGAAAAGCAUUCAAUUCAAAGACAGACGAUUUCAAACAAUUCGAAAUCAUCUGCCACAAAUGUGUCGGUAGGGCCUGCGCUUUCAAGAGAUGACGUCGUUAAAGCAGUACAACCAAACGCCAAAAAUUGCGUUUUACCUGGCCCCUCGAUUUCCAACGACGUCGUAAAUUUGCAACCCGGAGCGGCCAUGUUCGGUCUUCAAAGCCGCUUAACCCAGCCAAUCGAAACAAUCACUUCUCAAAGUAAUUCUCACGCUGAACACAUGGCACCCAUUAGCGAUGUAAACAUUACACGUGAGCCCCCUAAUCCCAAACCGCCUGAGUCGGGCCUGCAACGGAAAACUACACGAAUGCUGCUGGUCACUAGCAUAGUGUUCUUGCUGUCGUGGGCCCCCCACUGGACCAACUUGAUCUCGUAUGCAGCGAUUCUGUUUGGUGGUCCCCUUCCCUCUACAGAGUUCUUUUUUAUUAUGGCCAAGAUCUCUUACUUGCUCUUUCUGAACGAUGCCGUCAAUCCACUCAUCUACGGACUGGCAAACAGGCAUUUCCGAAAGGAUUGUAAGGAGACACUCCACAAGCUUAGACCUUGUUAA